CACAAAAGGGGCCUAAUAUCUUGUAACCCAAGUCCUUUUGGUCCAGCCCAUCUAAUUUCUUCCAAGUAUUGGGCUUUCCAACUAAAGUCCAGCCCAUAAUUCUUCUUCGUCCGAUCCACUAUCAAAUUUCCGGCGAGAGCAAAAGAAAGGUUACGACGAUCAAAGGUCUCCGAGAAUGAGUGCAGGUGGAGCAUUUGGUGGAAAUAGAGGACUGAGACCAGUGCCACCUGAAAAAGGAGUUUUUCCUCUGGACCAUAUGCAUUUAUGUGACCUGGAGAAGAAAGAGUACCUCACCUCUCUAAAAAGUACCUGGUGUGCCGUAUGGAGAACGUUUUGCAGGAACCUGAUGGCAAAACAAGACAUGUCGGAACUUGGCUUUGGCAAGAACUAUGAUGCAGAAACUUCUUCAGAGGAAAGGACCAACGGAACAAUAGAAAAAUAAAGAAUGAAGAAGAUCGUUAAAUUUUGUUAUUUUCUGGGAUCCUUUUGAGAAGCCUGGGUGGAAAGUUAUACAUACAAGCUUCACUAUUUUGAUGUGACAACUUUCAUAGUUGCUUAUAGGAGGUCUUUUCAUAAAUGUAAAGUUUUUUAACUCCCAAAUCCCAACUUGGCUUCUGCAUAACCUUCAUUUUUUCAGCCUCCUUUUUUCCCUUUCUUGUGAAUGAAUUGUGUAUCCUGAAAGCAAAAGUGUAUGGAUAAGAUACGGAAAUGCUAUGAUAGAUUAAAGAUUGGACAGAAGUCCUAUGCUAUGUAUAGUAAAUUAAGUGUUCAUUA